AUGGUGGAAAAGAACCCGGCAUCACCGAAACGGACCUCCAAGAAAUCGGUACCGUCGCCGCGCUCGCUGCUUUUCCCCAUCCUACUCCUAGCGGGCAUCCUCAUCUUGCUACUUAGCCAAACGGUGGGCGUCCUCUCGAUAGUGGAAUCUCUCGCGUCUCUCAAACCCGCAGCCACAAACCCAUAUCCGUAUGAAAACCGCAAAUGGAUUUACGACUUCACCCAUCAGCCGUGGUCCGGGGCCGACACCAAAGACCGGCGGCAAAUUGGGCGAGAAAACGCCACUCUGGUCAUGCUGGUGCGAAACCGAGAGCUCAAAGAAGCUGUGCUGGCCAUGCGAUCGAUCGAGGACCGGUUCAACAAGAAAUACAAGUACCCCUGGGUGUUUAUGAACGACCGAGAGUUCACCGAAGAUUUCAAGGAGUACACCACCGGCAUGGCAUCGGGCCACACCGAGUACUACAAGGUGCCCAAAGAGGCAUGGCAAAUGACUCCAGGAAUCGACCGAGACCUAGUGUUUGAGUCCGUGGAAAACUUCACCAAGGAAGGCGUCAUCUACGGAGACUCCUUGUCCUACAGACGUAUGUGCCGGUUCAAUUCAGGGUACUUUUUCCGAAUGGCUCCUCUGCUCAAGUACAAGUACUACUGGCGGGUGGAGCCAGACGUGGAGCUCUAUUGUGACCAGCAGUACGACCCCUUCACCUUCAUGCGCGAAAACAACAAGCUCUAUGGCUUUGUCAUGGCCAUGUACGAGUAUCCUCAGACUGUGGCUACGCUGGCAGAACAUGUCCAGGGCUUCUUUGACGUUCAUCCGCAAUACGUGCAUCCCAAUUCGUCGGUAGGGUUUCUCAAGGACAAACGGGUGAACCGGUUUGGCGAUCUCAUGCCCGAGUGGCACGGCGAGUGGAAUCUGUGUCAUUUCUGGUCCAAUUUUGAGAUUGGCAAUAUGGAUUUUUUCCGGUCGAAAAAGUAUCUCGAGUUCUUCGAGUGGCUGGACCGAGCCGGUGGGUUCUUCUAUGAACGCUGGGGAGACGCGCCCGUCCAUUCUUUGGCGGUGGGUUACAUGAUGGACAAAACUCAGGUUCAUCAGUUUGCAGAUAUCGGAUAUUAUCAUCCUCCGUUUUUCAGAUGUCCUGCAGAUGAGCAGAGUCACAAGUCGGGACGAUGUGCGUGUCCUGAGGAUCUGAAUGGGUACAAGAACUUUGAUUAUGAACCCAUGAGUUGUCUGCCGAGAUGGUGGGGCAAUGCGGGCAAGGCGUGGAUGAAGGAUGGGGUGCAUAUUAACGUGUGA